AUGCAUCGACCCAGGGCAACAGGCCUGGCUGAAACAGGGCCGCACCGCCAUCUGCGGGUUGUAACAACGUCUUUCUUCGUCUCCUUCGUCUCCUUCGUCUCCUUCGUCUCCUUCGUCUCCUUCGUCUCCUUCGUCUCCUUCGUCUCCUUCGUCUCCUUCGUCUCCUUCGUCUCCUUCGUCUCCUUCGUCUCCUUCGUCUCCUUCGUCUCCUUCGUCUCCUUCGUCUCCUUCGUCUCCUUCGUCUCCUUCGUCUCCUUCGUCUUCGAGAUGCCUAAACAACCCCCCACCACCGUUAACCUCUCUAAGCGUGAAGCCGCGGAUAUGAAUGAAUACCUCCACCACGCCGAUCCGAAUUACAUUGGGCAUACUGGCUGGGGUAUCGAGACGUGGACUGAGUCACACGGUGAAACGCGAUCCAAGUCCAAAUAUACAUUCCACAUCGGAGCGCGCAGGGACCACAACGGUGACUACCUAACUUGCAUUCUCCUCCAGGUCCGGGGCCGCAAUAGGGCAGUUGAGGGAACCAUCGUCAACUGGGGCCCCGAGGAGCCCAGCAUGGCCGAGGUUUUAGAGUAUUACCAAAUGAUGUUUCUUGGGUAUUAUCCCAUCGAUCGACCAGGCCGCGGGGGCAACAACAACAAUGGCGGAGAGGGCGGGUCCGGCGGCGGCGGCGGCUGGACAAAGGAAGUCUACCGCAACGACGAGUACGGCGAAUACUACUACGUGGACGAAGAGGGUGACUACCAAAGCUGUGACAAGUUGGGCAACCCCAUUUACGCAACGGACAGCACCGGGAAUCAGACCAAGAACUAUUACGGCCUCGUCCUGGUGUUUGCCAACUCCAAGCACCAGACGUAUUAUUAUUCCCGUGGCAAACAAGAGGCCUGCUCGCUGGAGAAGGAUUCCAGGGGGCGGUACUUCUUCGUCGACUACAAGGGCAGAAAGCAUGGCGCUCAGUACUUCGGGAGUGAGCCGAGGUGGAUGCACCGCAAGAAGUCGACGUGGGCAUCUGGACAGUCAUACGGCAAGCAGUCAUCGUCUGGGCAGUCAUACGGCAAGCAGUCGUCGUCUGGGCAGUCAUACGGCAAGCAGUCGUCGUCUGGGCAGUCAUACGGCAAGCAGUCGUCGUCUGGGCAGUCAUACGGCAAGCAGUCGUCGUCUGGGCAGUCAUACGGCAAGCAGUCGUCGUCUGCAUACUCGCAGCCCUCCAGUCACAAGCCGAAGAGCACAACCUCCGGGCCCCAAAUCUUCACUGAUAAGACAGGAAGGAAGUACUAUGUUGACCGGGAUGGCAAGCCCCGCUGGCUCAGAUUGGUCCAUCAUGUCAUGUUUGAUGUUGCACCCACCGCCAUUGAGGAGGGUCUCUACGCUCGUCGUGAACCUGGGGCUGUAUGGAUUGGGUGA